AUGGACAGUGACUACUCAGGCAGUAGCAGUGAAGGUGAUGAACUCACAAACUCACCUACGCCUUUCAUAAUUCCCCCAGAAGAACCAGUACUGAUUACAAAUGUGCUAACAAAUAACUUAGAUGGCCAACCAGUCCUUCCGACAUUGCACGUCUUUAAAGAAGAACAUGGGAAACUCUUAGAAGAAGCUGUCAAAGAUAUUUUACCUGCCGAAGAAAAUAAUAACGCUAAACCAAUCAAAGACAUAACCGAAGCUAUAUCAAAUGAAAGAAAUGGAGAUUUUAACCAAAUCGAAAUUGAAAAUGCUAACAAAAAUCAAGAUUUUACUGUUCUAAGAACAAACAUUCCUUCCGAUAUUACCAGUAAUGAAAAUAAAGUAAACACUCCGACUGCUGACAUAAACACUGUAAAGGAGGUGGUAGAUAAAACUGAAACGGAUACGCCAUUGACAGUUAAUAUUGGGAUAUCCGGAGAGCUUAUCAAAGAAGAUGUUGUUAGAGAAUCUGAAGCAAAACCAACUUUGGUGGCUACUGAAAACGUUUAUACUGAUAAAGAUAACAAUGCAGCUGUACACCAAUCUACUUCAACUAUUCACAAAGAAGAGUCCACCUCUAAACAUCUAAGACAUAGAACAUUUCAACCAACCCAUAAAUAUUCUAGACCAACAAAUAAAUCAUCAUUAAAACAUUAUAACAGACAACAUGUAACAACCACUGCGAAACCUGUGCAUUUUGUACCAUCAAAAAAAAAUUAUAAUACGAGAACAUAUAUUAAACAUACUGCUACUACUUCAAAUAAUCAUCACAGCUAUCAUUCUCAAAAUUCAAAAAUAAAAACUGAUUCUGAUACCUCUGAAACUACUGAGUCUUCUGUUGAAGAAACUACCCAAAUGAUUCAACACCAAAUAACGAGAAGAUACCGUCAAAAUCAUCGUUUUAGCCCUAAAAAGCCUUCAAAUCAACACACAUAUUCUUCUUCGUUUUCUAGAGGUAAUCCUAAAUCGUUAGAAGAAAAUAUUGCUAUUGAUAAUGUUACCAGUAAUAACGAAAUGACCCAUAAACCAGAAUCUAACCAAGAACAUUCUAAUUCUGAUAGAAUAUCUCACUACAGAUCACCAGGGUAUCAUUUUAAACCUCAUUCAAAUCAAACAACUCAACAUACUAAAAAUGUUUUAUUGUCAAAAGAAAACAUUAAAAACAAUGGUACUACUACUAAAGCACCAAUGACAAAAUAUCACAGAUAUACUUUUAAUAAGCAUCCUUUAAACUUAAAUCAAAAACUUAUAUUGACUACUCAACCUACAACUACAGCCCCUAUAGAAUUAAAAGAUAUUGAUAAUAAAAAUGCUGCUGAUGUAAAACCAACGAUGGCUACUUACGAAAGGUUUAGACAUCAUCAAAAAACAAUUUUUAACAGAAAUACACAAACAGCUAAAAAUCAUUCGCAAGAGGAAAUAAAAUCGGAUCUUACUGCAAAUCAAAAAGAAAAAAGUAACGAUGGAGAUGAUAAAGGAGUCAGUGUAGUAACUACACCAAGUGUUUAUCAAAGAUUUAGACAAAAUCGUCCUCGCAUGAGUUUAAUGCCUAAAAUAGUAGCACCCGUUAAGAAUUUGGAAAAUCAUGAUGAUACUUUAGAUACUCAUGGAUCUAAAACUAUUAUUAACACAGAAGACAAUGCUGAUGAACGUACCACUACAAGUAUUUAUCAAAGAUUUAGAACGAAUCGUCCUCGUAUGAAUUUUAGCCCCAAAAUAAAAGCAGAAGUGAAGAAUUUGGAGAACCAUGGGGAUAACUCGGAGAGUCAUGAGCUUAAGAGCAUCCAUAUCGAAAAUGACAGUGCUAAUGAACACACAACAAGUAUUUACCAUAGAUUUGGAACAAAUCGACCUCAUAUGAAUUUUAAACCCAAAAUAGAAGCACAACAGAAAAAUUUGGAAAACCAUGGAGACAAGUCAAACAAUAAUAAAUCUAAUAAUACUAAUAACAAAGGCGAUGAUGCUAAUGAAGGUCCUACAACAAGUAUUUACCAAAGAUUUAGAACAAAUCGUCCUCAUAUAAUAAUAAAACCUAAAAUACAAGAAGAAGAAGUAAAAAGACAAAAAUCCAACACAAACAACAAUGGGGAUGGCAGUUUAAAUAAGCCGACUACAAGUAUUUAUCAAAGAUAUCGAACAAAUCGUCCUCAUAUGAUGAUGAGGCCUAAAACAGUUAUACAAUCAAAGAAUUUAGAAAACGAUGAAAAAGUCAGUAGCAAUAAUCCUGAAACUACAAAUAAUGAGAACAACAGUGCAGUUGAAGUGCCUACAACGACAAGUAUUUAUCAAAGAUAUAGACAACAUAGUCCCCUUAUGCAUUUAAAAACGCUACCAUUAAAAUCACACUCAGAAAACAUUGGUGAAGAAAAUAUAAAGUCAAAUGAUGAACAUGAUGAUGGUUCAACUCAAGUUCCUACUCCAAAAAACGUUUAUCAAAGAUAUGGAAAACAUAGUCCACAUAUGCAUACAAAAACGCAGACUUCUAAAUCAACAAACUAUGGUGAAGAAAAUGUGGAGCCAUAUGAUGAAGAUAAUAGUUCAACUCAAAUUCCUACUCUAAAAAACAUUUACCAAAGACAUAGUCCACAUAUGCAUGUAAAAACACAAGUUUUCAAAUCACAAUCUGACAACCUUGGUGAAGUAAAUAUGGAGUCAAAUGAUGAAAAUGACAGUUCAACUCAAGUUCCUACAACAACAAAUAUUUAUCAAAGAUUUAGACAACACAGACCACAUAUGCAUUUAAAAACGCAAUCUUCCAAACUACAAUCAGGAAACCUUGGUGUAGAGACAAAUGAUGAAGAUGAUAGUUCAAUUGAAGUUCCUACUCCAAGAAACAUUUAUCAAAGAUAUGGAAAACAUAGUCCACAUAUGCAUGUAAAAACGCAAUCUUCCAAAUCACAAUCAGAAAACUUUGGUGGAGAAAAUAUAAAGUCAAAUGUUGAAGAUGAGAGUGCAACUCAAGUUCCUACUACAACCAACAUUUAUGAAAAAUUUAGACAACCUCGUCCUCAUAUGCAUUUAAAAACGCCAACUUCCAAAUCACAAUCAGGAAAGCUUGGAGAAGUAAAUAUGGAGUCAAAUGAUGAAGAAAACAGUUCAACUCAAAUUCCUACUUUAAAAAAUAUUUAUCAAAGACAUAGUCCACAUAUGCAUGUAAAUACGCAAUCUUCCAAAUCACAAUCAGGAAACCUUGGUGAAGUAAAUGUGGAGACAACUGAUGACGAUGAUAGUUCAAUUGAUGUUCCUACUCCUAGAAACAUUUAUCAAAGAUAUGGAAAACAUAGUCCACAUAUGCAUGUAAAAACGCAAUCUUCCAAAUUACAAUCAGAAAACUUUGGUGGAGAAAAUAUAAAGUCAUAUGUUGAAGAUGAGAGUGCAACUCAAGUUCCUACUACAACCAACAUUUAUGAAAGAUUUAGACAACCUCGUCCUCAUAUGCAUGUAAAACCAGUAUCAAACACACAAGCAAACAUUAUGCAAAAUAAUGAAAGGGAAACAACUUUGCAGAUAGAUGAACAUCAAGGUUCAAUUGAUAAAAUUCAAGAUGUUGAAGAAACGGAUCCACCGAUAGCAACGAGCCUGUAUCAAAGAUAUGGGAAAAAUCGUCCAGCCAUUCACAUGAGACCCAAAUUACAGACUCCAAGGCACGAGAACCCCGAAAUUGUUCAGUAUAACGAAAAUCAAGACGAUUUUGAUCUAAAAUCAUCAGAUGACGUCCAUGGAAUAAGUGAAAUUGACGAUAUUGAAUCCAGAGAAGAUCAAUCACAGUCUUCUAUAAUGCAGAGUAGAAAUACAUAUCGUAGGAAUCAAAGAUACCACCGUAUGAAUCCCAAAUAUCUAUCAAACGAUGACGAUGAAGAAGUUAACGAUUUUAAUACCCAUUCUUCUAGAAAGGCUAAUCAUAAUCCCUCUUAUCGACGUAGAAGACCAUAUGAUAUGAGAUAUCGUCCUUCAGUACAAAAUGAUGAUUCCGAAGAAGUUGAUAUAGAACCCGAAAAUAGCCGAAGGAUAAAUCGUUUUCAGAGGCGUUUUGCUAACCCCGCGAAUUUGGAAAACUCUGAUUUGGAACAAAGAAGUCUAAGUAUAGAUGACUUCGAUGGAAAUCUUCAUCUAUUAAAAAGAAGAAGUCGGGAAAACAGUUCCUACAACAAAUCUUUAAUGAGCGAAGGACUCUCAGAAGUACCGAAGGUGGUCACAAGAAGCGAAUGGUUGAAAUAUAGAAAAUUUAGAAUAACUGGAAGUCGUUGCUAUUCUCUAUCUAGAUAUUCAAAAAAUGACUGGGAGACUAAAACGGUAAAAUAUUUUUACGAACAUUCGUUUAGUAAUAAGUUUGUUAAACACGGUUUAAAAUGGGAGUCGCAGGCAAGAACCGUUUUUAAAGAUCUGACAAAAUCAGAAGUAUUUGAAUGUGGUAUGGUUGUAAGCCAUUCAAACCCAUGGCUUGGAUUUUCUCCAGAUGGUGUGAUUAUGGAAAAUGAUAGACCACAUCAAUUGUUGGAAAUUAAAUGUAUUUUUGCAGAUCAAAACACUCCAGAACAAACCGAAUCGAUUAAUCUCUUCUCUGCAGUUGAAGAUCACGAUGAAUCCCUAUUCGAAACAUACGAUCCCGGUGAAGAAUAUUCUUUUUUCGAUAUACAAGAUGAUAUUAGUCCAACUGAUACACCUGUCGAUAAAGUAACUGUUACCUUGCCAAAAAGCUUCAUUGCAGAAGAUAAAACUAAUAACACUGCUCGUACUGCUUUAAAGUUUAAUGAUAGUACAGCUGAAACUGAAGUAGACAAUAUUGAAACAACUGGUUUGGCUAAUCCGGAAGAAAUGGACCACAUGCAAGAAUAUAUUAAUAAAAGGACUGGAUUAUCAUUACAUGAAACUGAACCUGUCACUGUUGAUCCAAACCAUUGGUUUGAAGUUGAUACUGAUGAAAAGACUGAAGAAAAUAAAAAAGAAAUAGAAAAAACUAAGAAAAAUAAAGAAGAUCUUGGUAAUAAACCUGAAAUAAUCACUGUUAAUCCAAAUCAUUGGUUUGAUGUUGAUACUGAUGAAAAGACUGAAGAAAAUGAAAACGGAAAAGAAGAAAUUGAGAAACAUGAAGAAGAAGAACAUAGUAAUGUAAAAACAAAUACACGAAACUUUAAUUUAUCGACAGCCACUGAGAAGAGCAAAGAGACAGAAUUAAUUAAUGAGAAGAACUCUAACUCUACAGUUAUUAAACAAGAAAAGAAAGAUAAGGAAAAUAUUGAUCUGGAAGUAGAAAUUAAGAAUAAAUAUAAUAAAAAUGUUACUGAUAAUAUUAAUAAAAAUCAUCCUAAAAUUGAGGAAUCUUUUAGAGAAACCAACAUCUCAAAUACAAACAAUAUUAAUACCAAAGAAAUAGAAUCUGUUGGAAAAGAUAAAAGCAGAAACACAACUAAAGAAAAUAUUAGUAAAGAUGUAAUAAAAGAUAGUCAAUAUGAUAAAAUUACAAAAACAGUUCAAGUAUCAAAUAUAACUAGUUCUACCAAUACAAAAAUGCCAAUACAUAAUAACGUUACUAAUACUAACAAAGAAAAUAUUACUAUAAGCAAGCAUCUCGAUAAAGAUAAUAAGACAGAAAAAUCCGUGCUAAGCAAUGAAAAAAUGUCUCAGAAAUCUAACACUUCAAAUGAAAUGAACGUUAAUAAGAAAGUAACAGAAGCUUAUAAAAAGCCUGAAAGUGAAAACUCAACUAUAGAAAAUUCUAACAAAAAUAUAUUAAAAGAAUUUCAACAUGACAAUAUUACAGACAUAGCUCCAUUGGUAUAUGUAUCUCAUGUAAUAAAAGAAAAUGUAACUGCAAUAAAUCAUUUUGGUAAAGAUAAUGAGACAGAAAAAUCUGUACUAAGCAAUGAAAAAAUUUCUCAGAAAUCUAACACAUCAAAUGAAAACAAUGUUAUUCAAACAGUAUUAGAAGAUUAUAAAAAGAAUAAAAGUGAAAACUCAACUGUAGACAACUCUAACAAAAAUAAAUUGAUUGAAUCUCAACAUAAAAAUAUUAAAGAAACGGUUCCAAUUGGAAAUGUAUCACACAUAGUAAAAGAUACACAAUUUGAUAAAAUUACAAUAACAGUUCCAGCUGCAAAUAUAACCAGUUCUAGCAAUACAAAAAUACCAAUAAAUAAUGAAGUUACAAAUUUAAACAAAGAAAAUACAACUAUGAGCAACAAUAAUGAUGAAGAUAAUACCACAGAAAAAACUGUGCUAAACAACGAAAAUAUUUUUCAGGUAUCUAAUACAUCAAAUGAAAAGAACGUUAAUAAAAAAGUAGCAGAAGAUUAUAAAAAGCCUAAAAAUGAAAACUCUACUACAAACAACUCUAACAAAGAAAAAUUAAGUGAAUUUCAAAAUGAUAAUAUUAAAGAAACAAUUCCAGUUAGAAAUGUAUCUGGUGAUAUAAAUAAAGAUGAAAAAAAUAUUAUCAAUACAACUACAGACAGUGAUCUUCACAAAAGUAAUGAAACAAAAGAUGUUAUGACUAUUAAUAAAGAGUUUUCUGAAGAAUCUAAUGAACCAAAAGAAAAUGAUAUUCAAAAUAAAGAAACAGAAAAUGUUAAAAAAUAUAAUAAUGAAUAUACAACAACUAUAGAAAAUUCAGAUGAACAGAAAUUAAAAAAACAAACUACAAAAAUAUAUUCAGUUGCAAAUGGAACUAAUACGUCUAAUGAAAAAUAUGUUGAAAAAAAUAAAAUAAAUACAACAACAGACAACGGUCUUCACAAAGGAAAUAGUACAGAAGAAGUUGUGACAAAUAGUGAAGAUUUUUCAGAAAAUUCUAAUGAACCAAUGGGAAAUAAUACUCAAAGUAAAGAAACAGAAAAUGUUAAAAUGACAAACACAUCUUCAGUUUCAAAUGGAACUGAUACGUCCAAUGAAAAACAUGAUGUAAAAAUUAAUAAAACAGAAGAAGCUAUGACAGAUAGUAAAGAUUUUUCUGAGGAAUAUAAAAAACCAAAGUAUAAUAUUAAUAAUAUCGACAUAGAAGAUGUUAAAAAAUAUCAAAUUGAAAACACUACUAUCAAAUUCGAUAAACUUAAAGAAAUAGCUCCAUCUGAAAAUUCGUCUGAUACUACUAAAAAAGAAAUGGUUAACUAUAUUGAAAAUAUUACAAGUAAUUAUACACCAACUACAAACAGCUCUAUGAACGAUAAUAAUAAAAAGAUUGAAUCAAAUUUGUCAAAUGAAAAGUUAGAACUGAAUUCAACUGGAAUAAUUCCAAGUAAUCAUAAAGAAAUGAAACAAAAUAAAACAGAAAUUAAUAAAAAUAAAAUUAUUGGUGAUAAAAGUACUGCUACUACUAAUGACGAUAAUAAAGAAGCCAAAACCGACAAAAUUAAAUCCAAUACUAACGAAGAAAGUCCUAAACAAAAUACAACUAUGAAAGUUCCAAAAAUUGACAAUUCUAAAAAUUCAGAAAAAACUGAGCCAAAAGAUGACAUGUUAAGCCUGAAUACAGAAAAUAUUGCAUUGACAAAUGAAAAUUCAACUAGAGAUAGUAGCUCUAUUACAAAGAAUGUAUCUACAAAUAAUACUAUUGAAAAUGUUCAAAAUGUCAAUAAUAAUAUGUUCAGUAGUGAAAAUAUUACUGUUUCUUUUAAAGAAGAUAACAUCACAACUACUGAUACAGACACAAUUGAAGAUCUGGAUGAGGAAGAUGACUCCAAAUCAAAUGAAUUGAAAAAUAUUGUUUUGGAAAGCAAUCCUACUGAAAAUACUAGUAAAUCUGAAGAACAUAAUUCUGUAGAAAGUCAUAUUUUCAAAAUACCGCCAAGAAGUACUGCUAAACCAGAAACUGAAAUAGAAGAUAAUCAUAUGGUCAAUACCAAUACGUCUGUACUAAAUAAAGAUAAAGGUUCUAUUGCAAACAAUAUAAGUACAGAUAAUAAUACUGAUAACAAUUACGAAAUUAAUGAAGAAACUACGCAAAAUGUUGACAAUUUAUUCAUAGAUAUUUUCGAUACUGAUGAUGACGGUAUUAUCGAAAUUGAUAAGUCAGAUACAACUACACAAAAAAUGAGUGAAGAGGUAAAAGAAGACGUUUCUAAACCUACUGAAACUAAUAAUGAAUCUGAGGAGAGCAUGGAAAAUAAUUCUAUGGAAAGUAACAUUUUCAAAAUACCGCCCAGAAGUACCCCAAAAGCUGAAAUUGAAAUCAAAGAAAAUGAAAUAGUUGACAGUAGUUGGCCUGUCAUUUCUGGAAAUAUUUUAGGGAAAAAAACCAAAGUCAAUGUUAAACUAAAAAUUAAGAAUGACACCUUAUACAUUCCCUCAGACGUUGCAAUUUAUGAAGAUUUGAACAAUUUGAACCUAUAUUUCAACUGGUCCUUAAGUAAUGAGACAAAAUAUAGAAUGUCGUUGAACCUGACGAAGACCAAAUCAAAAUAUUACGAAAUUGAAGGAGUAGAAGUGUAUCGCUGGAAGGGAAUUAUUUCCACCGCCCCCGAUGGAGCUGUGAGAAAACAGAGAAUGGUAUCAUGUUUUGAAUUAUUUUCACCGCCCCCGAUGGAGCUGUGA